ACGUUUUCCUUCAAGCACGCCCGUCCUACCCCGCUUCCGUGUCCGUGAUCGCCCGUCGACUUUUGCGCUGCCGUAGCGGGUUGAAGCGGAGAUCCAUCGCCUGGCCUGCCGCGGAGUCAGUCCCACCCCACCUGAGAUGGCUUCGGAACUAUCUCACGGCACUAGGAGAGACGUAUGCAUCGAGUCCAUGGCGCGGCCUAUCGCCGUGGACCACCGCAUAAGCAUCCACUACUAUUUCCGCAUCGCUGACAACCUCCUCCGCCAGGCUAAUGUGUAUCGAGAAGAGAAGAAUGUUCUGGACCUCUACAUCCUCCUCCUGAGAUACUCGAGCUUGUUGCUUGAGACCAUACCCAAACAUCGCGAUUAUAAUGCAUUUAAGGCUAGAGAAAAGGAAUUCCUGAAGAAAGGCCCACACAACUCUGAGAAAAUUCUUGGUAUUGUCAAUGAGCUAGAGUCCCUUAAGCCAGUUGUGCAGCAACAAAUUGCCACCGGUAAUAGCAGGGGUGCAGAUGAACCUAAUGGUGUAUAUGGAACCUAUGCUGCAAGUAGUGAGUUGGAGCACCAUACCCCAGGCCCAUAUGUGUCGAAGUCCUUGUCUGGAAGCCCUACUAGACUACUGCAGAAACCAUUACCUGGUUCAAAGCAUCAAGCAGCUAUGUCGCAGAAUGUUCAACCUUAUAGACAUGCUAUGAAACCAUCUACCAACAUGCUGUAUCCAAAAGAGGAAACAUUAUCGAGACACUCGAUACUAGGACCUAAUGGGCUUCAGGGGAAUCUGGGUCAAUGGGCAAGACCUGUUACUGGUAUCAGGAUUGAGUAUCCACAUAAUCCUGAAUUAACCCAAAGUGACAUUUCUAGUUUAAUGCCAACAACCUUGAACCAAGAUGGUUUGCGUGGUCCCAGUACAGCAUCUCAGGGCAAAAGUGACGAUAUGCUGUCUGUUCUAUCGCUUGAUGAUGGCAGGUGGUCAUUACCAUUAGAACCAGCCUCAGUGUCUCCUGGUUUGGAAGCAGAGUUCUCUCACCUGAAUAUUAGACAACCUUCUCCCCCACCUGUCCUAGCUCAAGUGCACCCUGAGCAUGGUCAAAUUCCUCCAUCAAGAGUUGCUGAUCCAAGACCAGGACUUGCUACAUCUGCAACCGGACGCUAUCAGAAUUUGCAUGUGCCAGUGGCAUUAAUGGAGUGUUUCCUGAGGCUCGCUGAGUUAAAUACCGCAAAGAAUUUGGAAACCUGUGGAAUUCUUGCUGGUACUCUGAAAAAGAGAACCUUUUAUGUGACAACAUUGAUAAUUCCUAAGCAGAAAUCAACAUCUGAUUCAUGUCAAGCUACGAAUGAAGAAGAAAUAUUUGAAGUUCAGGACAAAGGCUCCCUUUUAUCUCUUGGUUGGAUUCAUACACAUCCAACACAGACCUGCUUCCUAUCUUCCAUUGAUCUUCAUAAUCAUUACGCAUAUCAGAUUAUGCUUCCGGAAGCGAUUGCAAUAGUUAUGGCUCCUACGGAUACAACAAGAAAACAUGGCAUAUUUCAUCUAACGGAGCCAUGUGGCAUGGGCGUGAUCCAUGAUUGUGAUGCAACUGGAUUCCACCCUCAUGAGGAGCCCCUAGAUGGAACACCAAUCUAUGAGCAUUGCUCCCAUGUGUACAUGAACCCAAAUGUCAGGUUUGAGAUGACAGACCUACGUGAAGCAUGAAAAGCGAUAUUGACGACUGUUGCAGAUUCCAAAACCCACAAUGACUUGCACAUAUCUCAUCUGUUCCACUCCUGUGUACACAAGUUUUGUUUUGAAACGGCAGUUUGUUUUAAUCUUGAGGGAAGCGAUCAUUAAUUUGUAGUAAUCAAUUUAUCAAAACAUGCAACAUGGUGCUUAUUUGUUCUCGGACCCUUUAAUGGUUGCUUAUCUUUUGUUUUCUUUA